GCCGCCAUUUUGGUGCUCGGCUCUGAGAGGGGAGGGAAGCCGUAGAAGAAAGCGGGAGCCCGGCGCUUUGCCCCUCCCGUUCCCCCUCGUCCGACGCUGAGGCACCGUAGCGGGAUACUCUCGCCACCUUCUCGGGCCGCCCAUCCUUGCCGCCCGCCGCCGCUCCUCGCAGCCCGCCCGGGCCUGAGAGAGGCGGGAAGGAUGCUGCCCCGCACACCGCGCCGCUGAGCACAUCGGGGCCCUGAGCGCCGCGCCUGGCCGGCCCCGCCCGGCAAUCCUCGGGCCUCCGCCUCAGCGGCACGGUGCUUCCUUCUCCGCAUCCCCCGUCCCCGGGCCGCCCAUCCGCCGGGCUGGGCGCUUCCUCCUCGCCCCCGGCCCCGCCGCCUGCCCGUCCGGGCCUUCCCCUCCCCGGCUCUCUUCCCGCAGGGCCUCCGGGCUCUUGGCCUUCUUCCUCCCCUCCCUCGCCCUUCCCCGCCCGGAGCCAUGUCCUCCGCCGCCCGGUUCGAUUCGUCGGACCGCUCCAGCUGGUACGUGGGCCCGGUGUCGCGGGCGGAGGCGCAGACGCGGCUGCAGGGGCAGCGGCACGGCAUGUUCCUGGUGCGGGACUCGUCCACCUGCCCGGGGGACUACGUGCUCUCGGUGUCCGAGAACUCCCGGGUGUCCCACUACAUCAUUAACUCCUUGCCCAACCGCCGCUUUAAGAUCGGCGAUCAGGAGUUCGAGCACCUGCCCGCCCUGCUGGAGUUCUACAAGAUCCACUACUUGGAUACCACCACCCUCAUCGAGCCCGCGCCCAGGUAUCCAAGUCCACCAAUGGGAUCUGGAUCUGCCCCUGCUAUGUCUGCUGCCGAAGAAAACGUGGAAUAUGUUCGGACUCUCUAUGACUUUCCUGGCAAUGAUGCUGAGGAUCUCCCAUUUAAAAAGGGCGAAAUACUGGUAAUUGUAGAGAAGCCAGAAGAACAGUGGUGGAGUGCCAGAAACAAGGAUGGUCGGAUUGGGAUGAUUCCUGUUCCUUAUGUAGAAAAGCUAGUCAGAUCUUCUAUUGGGAAGCAUGGGAACAGAAAUUCCAACAGUUACGGUAUUCCAGAACCCGCCCAUGCUUACGCUCAGCCUCAGACCACAAGUCCCCUUCCCACAGUAUCCAGUACACCCGGAGCAGUGAUCAAUCCUCUGCCAUCCACGCAGAACGGACCAGUCUAUGCCAAAGCUAUCCAAAAGAGAGUACCCUGUGCUUAUGACAAGACUGCACUGGCAUUAGAGGUUGGAGAUAUUGUGAAGGUUACAAGGAUGAAUAUAAACGGUCAGUGGGAAGGAGAGGUCAACGGUCGAAAAGGGCUCUUCCCAUUCACACAUGUCAAAAUAUUUGACCCUCAAAACCCAGAUGAGAACGAAUGAUUCCCUUGAUCUGAUUUACACUGCUGCUUCCCUUUCCUGGCUCUCAUUAGUGUUGUUUGAGGUGGGAUGAUGGCUAAAUGGCACAUUGCUAGCAUUGCCCAUUUUUCCAGCUUGCUGCAGUUUGACAGUUCUUUUAAUACACGUUUGGAAUACAUACAACUGAAGUCACUGCCUGACCUUCAUACCAUAGAUACAUCAACCAGAAUUUGGUUUCACUUUUAAAACUGUAUUGGGCCUUAAGCUGGAGAAGACUGAAGCAUAUAGCAGACAAGCACGGGAAGAAAGCCCUUCUUGAGACUUCCAUGGACUUGUUCUGGCCUGCUCAGUAGGAAGAGCCCUAUCUUAGAGCAAACAUGCAACUCAUCUGUUACUGUCCAACAAAAAGCAACAACAAAAAUGCAAUUUUAGGACUGAAGAAGACUUAGUUUUAAGAGAACCUGCCCUAAGGUAGUACACUUACAAUGAUGGUCUCUUCAAAGGACAUUAAUUGAAGCUUAUGUAUUCUAAGCAGUUGCAUUAGAGGCUGCUCAUUUCUGUUAACUCUUAAGCUUGUUGUUGACCUUCCUGAAAGUGUGUGUUAAAUACAGAUAACCAUUGAUUGAGCUGCGUUGAAGCUGAGGCAUUUAUUUAUAAGGAAACUUAGGAGGGGUUCACACUCGUAACCCAUUUUUUACAUACUUAAAAGUAUUUCUGUUGAUUUUGCAAGCACUAACUGUAGUAAGUGAGCUUUAAAGGGAAACACUUUGGCCUGUUCUACACAAAGCCCUUCUGCAGUGUUGGAAGUAGAGCUUUACUAACAUAGUAGUGCUUGUCACCAAGCUGUUAUUUGGUAGGCAGAUGGAUCAGAUUGCCACAGCAUGAAGAAGUACAAAAGGAACAGGACAGAAGACCUUGGUAAAUACUGAUAAAAUCCUAUUAUUUAAACACAAGCCUUUUACACCUAUUUCUCUUUAGGCUCCCUUAUCACUCCCAAGUUUACUGGUUAUACCCGCCCCAACUUGCUGAAGAUAUUGAACACAGUACCUUUUUCUCCAGGGCAUCUCCACGUUGCUGUGCUCCUCUUCCAGAAUUGCUUUCUUUUCUCCCCUCAUAUCACAAAUCUCUUGCAUGCUGCAAUCUUUGCCCUUCUAAAGGAGUUGGCUCUGGCUUAUAAAUGCCCCAGACCCCUCCUACUCCUAGCAUCCUCUACAAAAUGGUUAAUUGGAGUCAGCUGCCAAGGUUUUCCCACCUGGUAAUUAAAGUUCAGGCUGGAGGAGGCCACACAGGUGUUUGUUAUCAGUACAGCUUUCUCUCCCCUUUUCUGUACAUAAGCUGUACUGUUGUAAUUGCACCUUUGGUAGGGAACUAUAUGGCUGUAGCUGUGUGAGUAUUAUCAAUGCCAUACAGGUCAAGCCCUUGGACUGUUUACAGGAUAUGAAAGCUUAGGUACAGUAGUAUCUUCUGCCUUCUUUAGAUGUGUUUUCUAGGUGAACUGGAAUGUGCUUUUUAAAUGAUUUGAGCACCGAUUUAACAGAAUACAGCCUGGAUAAAGAAAAAUAUCUGCUGCAGAAAACCAGGAACAUCUGACAGGAAAACAGUAGUGCCCCAAUGCAUUCAUUUUUUACCAUUUGAAGCUGUCCAUUGUAGCAAAAAGAGAAACUUCAGACACCUGCAAAACCCUACUGCUUCUGAUAAAUGUCAGUGUUAUCGUUGUCUUCAGUUCCAAUGCAUUUUCUUGUUGAUUGUGUCACUUGAUCCGCGUUAAAGUACAUUGUUCUCACUCAGCUGAAAGUGCCAUGAGGUCCUUGAAUGGAAGACACUGAAGAAGUGUAAGAAUGGCAUUUCCAACAAGGGAUGUAAAAUGCUGUUGUGUUUGUUUUUUUUUUUAAAAAGAAACUCUCGGUUCAUCUGUUAGUUAUCUUUUGUAGUACUAAUCAAGUGGCUGACAGUCUAGAAGUUCUUGUAGAGCAUUUUACUACCAAAUUAACUGUGAAGUAGAGUAGCAUUGACUGAAGUGUUUGGUGCUGUAAGAGUAAUAAUUCUUGACAAUAGGCAUCGACAGGUUGUCUUGCAACGAAAAGCUAUGCAGCUCUCUUAACUAAAGGAGGUCCUGAGUUUCUGUGCCCCAACUCCACCUGUACGUUUACUACAUGGAUUGUACUACUGAAAGUCAUCUUGUGAAUACAGCAGCUGCACUAAGCUCGGUCUGCUGCAGAGAAACCUUACUUCAGACGUGCCCUAUUUCCGGGCAGCUCUUCAGACUGGUUGUGGAAUUCCUCCUUUGCAUGUCCAAGUCCGUAAAUAAAUACUGUGAGAUUUGAGAUCUUGAA